AUGCAAAAAUUGCUCCAUGGGAUACUUUUGGUAACAAUUUACGACAUUGAUAGGAUACACACUGGAUUCGACUUCCAAUCAAGCCGAAAGUCUGUGAAAAAGUUUCUGGCCCAAGUCAAGAGAUUUGUGUUGUGCCGGCCUGAGAUUGUUGGGUCCAAACUGUAUGCAACAGUUGAUCUAGACAAGGCCAGGGUUGGGCGAACUAGAAUGAUACGAAAUGAACCCUCCCACCCAGAGUGGAUAGAGUCAUUUCACAUAUAUUGUGCCCAUUACAUCUCAAAUCUUGUGUUCACUGUUAAAGAAGAUAACCCUGUGGGAGCAACUCUAAUUGGAAGAGCCUUUGUCUCUGUUGAAGAUGUUGUAAGAGGGUUUGUCUUCGAGAAAUGGGUUGACAUAUUGGAUGAAGAACAUAAUCCUAUACAAUCCAAAAUCCAUGUCAAGUGCCAGUUUUUGAAUAUUAACCAAGACAUCCAUUGGUCUAAGGGAAUCAUUUUUCCCCAUUUUGAGGGUGUUCCUCGUACAUUCUUCAGGCAAAGACAGGGCUGCAGAGUUACUCUGUACCAAGAUGCCCAUAUCCCAAAAAACUAUUUCCCUCCUAUAAAACUGUCGGGAGGAGAGAUUUAUAAACCUAAAAGAUGUUGGGAGGACAUCUUUGAUGCAAUCAACAAUGCAAGAAACUUGAUUUACAUAACCGGAUGGUCUGUGCAUACAAAGAUAACCUUGAUAAGGGACAAGGCAAGGCCACAGCAAGGAGGUGAAAUCAGCUUAGGGGAGUUGCUUAAGAGGAAGGCUAAUGAAGGUGUCACAGUUCUCAUGCUGAUUUGGGAUGACAGAACUUCUGUUAAGGAAGUGAAGAAGGACGGUUUGAUGGCAACUCACGACCAAGAAACUGCAGAGUAUUUUCGAAACACAAAUGUGCGUUGCUAUUUGUGUCCACGCAAUCCUGAUGAUGGGAGAAGCAUAGUUCAAGGGUUUGAGAUUUCUGCCAUGUUUACUCACCAUCAGAAGACAAUAGUUGUUGACAAGGAAGGGAGUGCAGGAGGAUCAGAAAAGAGGAGGAUUGUGAGUUUCAUUGGUGGUAUUGAUCUUUGUGAUGGGAGAUAUGAUACACCAGAACAUCCCUUAUUUACUACUUUGACCACAGUCCACCAUGAUGAUUUCCAUCAGCCAAAUUUUGCAGGUGCUUCAAUCAAGAAGGGUGGUCCAAGGGAGCCCUGGCAUGACAUCCAUUGCCAGCUAGAAGGGCCUGUUGCUUGGGAUGUCUUAUACAAUUUUGAGCAGAGGUGGAAAAGGCAGAUUGGGGAGAAGUAUAUAAUUCCCAAAACCAAACUUGAUGAAAUUGUAAUCUCUCCAUCAAGUACAGAUUGCGCGGUUACAUCAUCGAACGACGUCGAAACAUGGAAUGUUCAGGUCUUUCGAUCCAUCGAUGGUGGCGCUGCUAUGGGUUUUCCUGAAAAUCCUGAUGAUGCAUCUAAUGUAGGCCUUGUUAGUGGGAAGGAUAACAUCAUUGACAGGAGUAUUCAAGAUGCAUAUAUCAAUGCUAUUCGGCGAGCCAAAAACUUCAUCUACAUUGAGAAUCAAUAUUUCCUAGGAAGCUCAUAUGGGUGGAAAUCAAAUGAUAUAAGGGUUGCAGAUAUUGGAGCUUUGCAUCUCAUACCAAAAGAGCUCUCACUAAAGAUUAUUAGUAAGAUUGAAGCAAAGGAGAGAUUCACUGUCUACAUUGUGAUCCCAAUGUGGCCAGAAGGUAUACCAGAGAGUGCUUCUGUUCAGGCAAUAUUAGAUUGGCAGAGAAGGACAAUGGAAAUGAUGUAUUCUGAUAUUUCUCAUGCCCUUCAAACAAAUGGCCUUCAUAAUGUCGACCCCCAUGAUUAUCUGAAUUUCUACUGCCUUGGGAAUCGGGAGGUAUCAAAACCUGGAGAAUACUCGCCCACAGAGACCCCAGAACCCAACAGUGAUUACAGUAAAGCUCAGCAGGCUCGUCGCUUCAUGAUAUAUGUUCAUGCAAAGAUGAUGAUAGUUGAUGAUGAAUACAUAAUCAUUGGAUCUGCAAACAUAAACCAGAGGUCGAUGGAUGGAGCUAGGGACACUGAGAUUGCAAUGGGGGCAUUCCAACCACAACAUCUAGCCACCAACCAGCCAGCCAUGGGUCAAAUCCACGGGUUCCGAAUGGCAUUAUGGGUUGAGCACCUUGGAGGGCAUAGCACGAACUUGCUACACCCACAAAGCGAGGCAUGUGUCAAGACGAUGAAUGCCUUUGCUGAGAAAAACUGGCAAUUAUACACACAGGAGAUCAAUGAAAAAGAUAUGGAGGGUCACCUUCUUCCCUACCCCAUCAAAGUAACCCACAAUGGAGAGAUUACGACACUGCCAGGCUUUGACACUUUCCCCGACACCAAGGCUCAUGUUUUGGGUGCCAAAUCUGAUUACCUUCCUCCAAUCCUUACUACCUAG